CGGUUGAAUAUGGAAAUUGUUGUCAUGCACCUCCUGGAUGACGGGGAGCGACUAACGCCAUCCAAAUGAGGCGCGGCAGAGGAGAGCUGGAGGCGGCGUCUGUGCGCGUGCGCGUGCGGGCAGACACUUCGUCUUCCUUGCUCGGGCUUGGCAGCAGUUGGAGGAGAACCCGACCGAGUGGGAGAAACAGCGCCCAAUCCCGGCGAACUCACGAGGGCCAAUCCGCCAUGAGUUGGGGAACGGAGCUCUGGGACCAGUUUGAUAAUCUGGACAAACAUACUCAAUGGGGGAUUGACUUCCUGGAUCGUUAUGCAAAAUUUGUCAAGGAAAGGUUGGAAAUUGAGCAAAAUUAUGCCAAACAGCUAAGGAACCUGGUAAAAAAAUACUGUCCCAAGCGCUCUAAAGAUGAAGAACCAAGGUUUACAUCCUGUCUGUCAUUUUAUGGCAUACUGAAUGAGCUGAAUGACUAUGCGGGUCAGAGGGAGGUGGUGGCAGAGGAGAUGGGCCAUAAGGUUUAUGGAACACUGAUGAAGUAUAGCCAGGACCUCAAAGCAGAGCGGAAACAUCAUCUGCAGGAGGGCAGGAAGGCCCAGCAGUAUUUGGAUCAUUGUUGGAAACAGAUGGACAGCAGUAAAAAGAAGUUUGAGAGAGAAUGCAAGGAAGCAGAGAAAUCCCAAAUAACCUACGAGAGGUUAGACAAUGACAUCAAUGCAACAAAAUCAGAAGUUGAGAAGGCCAAAGCCCAGUAUUACCUGCGGACUCACAUGGCGGAUGAGAGUAAAAAUGAGUAUGCUGCCCAGCUACAGAACUUCAAUGCAGAGCAGUGGAAACAUUUCAACAACUCCAUACCACACAUCUUUAAGAAUCUGCAAGAUAUGGAUCAGCGUCGAACAGUGAAACUUGGGGAGACUUACAGAAACUUUGCAGAAGCAGAACGAAGAGUCAUUCCCAUUAUUUCCAAGUGUUUAGAAGGAAUGGUUUCUGCAGCCAAAGCUGUUGAUGAGAGAAGGGAUUCAGGCAUUGUUGUGGAGUCAUUUAAGUCUGGCUUUGACCCUCCAGGCGAUUUCCCCUUUGAAGACUUCAGUCAGAAUUUAAGUAGAACAGGGUCCGAUGGGGCCAUCAGCAAUACGCCCAAAGGAGAGCGAGAUGGGGCCCCGGGUCCACGACCAGACCCAAAACACACAAUGAGCAAAACCAAGAACAAACUCUGGCUCUUUGGGAAGAAACCAAAGGCUCCAUCAGUGGAGGAUUACAGCCACUUACCCCCUGAACAGAGGAGGAAGAAGUUGCAGCAGAAAAUUGAUGAACUCAGCAGCAAGCUCCAAAUAGAGAUGGAUCAGAGGGAUGCCCUGAACAAAAUGAAAGAUGUGUACGAGAAGACUCCACCGAUGGGCGACCCCAACAGCCUGCAACCAAAAAUAUCAGAGACCAUAUGCAACAUGGAAAAGCUCCGCUCUGAAAUCCACAAAUAUGAGGGUUGGUUGUCAGAGGUUGAGGGAAAGCAGGCCUCUAAAGACAGGAGGCACAGUGCCGACAACCACCAUCCCACACCCCAAGGCAGAGAGAGUCCUGAAGGCAGUUAUACAGAAGACACCAGUCAGGAGCACCACACCUCUCAUCCACACUCCAGUCGCCCGCAACCGGGACAGCCCAGCACUGACCCUCACGAGUUUGAUGAUGAAUUUGAUGACGACGACCCACUACCUGUCAUUGGACACUGCAAAGCUUUGUACUCUUUUGACGGUCAGAAUGAGGGAACCCUCGUCAUGGCAGAAGAUGAGGUGUUGUACAUCAUUGAGGAAGAUAAAGGCGACGGCUGGACCAGGGCGAGGAAGCAGAGUGGGGAAGAAGGCUACGUCCCCACCACCUAUGUGGAAAUCACCAUGGAGAAGAACUGUAAAGGUUCCUGAGGGCUGCAGGGUGGCCAGGUGGUUUGAUUGGCUGGUGGAGGGCUCUUGCUGAUUGCUGAUUUUUUUUGGUGGUGGGGAGGAGAAAGAGAGAGAGGCAAUGAGAAGGGCAAGUUUGCAUGCCAGCAUGCUCUCAUAUCCAUAACAGCCUCAGCUUUCCAGCCUCAUAACCGAAGAAUAGGGGAGAUCAUAAAACAGGGGCGUCAAACUCAUUUUCGUCACGGGCCACAUUGUAGUUACGAUUUCUCUCAGAGAGCCGUUAUGGGGCCGCAAUAUCUCAACGUUAUCAUUUAUGAUAUGACAAUUUGGACGUUUGGUACAGAUUUUAACAAGAAUCCUGGAUGUUGACACACAUGAUUUGCCACAUCAAAUCCUAUGGUGUGCUGGAUCUGGCCCCUGGGCCUUGCGUUUGACACCUGUGUCAUAAAAGGAAGACGACAUUCAAACAAAAAAAUGGCAGCAACACUGGACUUUGUAAAAAAUGAUUGUUUGAGGGGCUGUCAGCGUGCAUUGUUUACGUAGUCUGCUUUUAUUGGCCAGUAAGGGACGUGUGUCAUGUUCCGCUUUGAGCAGUCAAGCUACAAACUCCUGACAGCAAAGGGAAGAUAUUCCACUAGUGUUCUCUAAUUUGGCUGCGUGCAAAAGUCUAGGACACAAGCAUCUUGACGUUUACGAUUUCUCAGGCGUAUAAUAUACAGGGUGGCUGAAUCAGUCCUCAAUCUCACUUUUUGAGGAAGAUUCCUUUCAUAUCUUUUGCAAUGCACUUGCAAUAAUAAAACAUUCCAUGAGCUCCAGCUGCAUUAGGUUGCUGUUUUAAGAUAGUUCUAAUGACUUGUUUUUAGACAUUUUAUUAUUAUUUAAAUUGUGUUCAUUAAUGCAUUCUCCCCAUUCUGGAAUUGAGGAAAAUGAAACUAAUAUAUUGCAGGCUUAAGAAAGGUUAAUACGGAGGCCUUAAAAGCACAUAAAGGAAGGAAAAAAAGUGCUCGUGCCUGGCGUGCAUGCAUCACUAUUUGGUGCGCAUGAUUUGCUACCUGACACGCACACAUUAGUGUCGGGUACACACGCUUUUGUAUCCGCUACUCACGUUAGUAUCUGGUGUAAAUGCUUUGGAUCUAGUCCACAUGUUAGAAUCCACCGUGUAUGUGUUAGCAUCUGGUCCAUAUUAAAUGUUCUCCUGGUCUCUUUUGGGGUCCUGUAGAUUUCAGUAUUUGCUGCUGCUAACAAUAUGAGUGCCGCACUGUUUUGAACUCCUCCCUUCUAUCAUCACACGUGCUCGAUUGGGGAUGCCUGCCUGCCUGAGCCACUCUGCUCCCCAUGUCUGCGUUCAAUUGUCGCCCACAUUUCAUUGCAUGUCCCUAACUCUCUAAAUGUCUGCCAUAACCUGAUCCACCAUGUUCAUGUGGACUAAGCGGUCUAUGGAAUCCUUCUUGUCACAAUGUAUUUCCAGUAUGAUUUAAAGUUCUCCCAACCACCUCCCAAACAGCAUUUUUAUUCAAGACUAUCGUAGGACUAUCUACCACCCUGUCCAUGGUCCUCUUUCCUCCUCUCGCCCUGCUCUUAUUUAGCGACUUGAUAUUUUAACCAGCAGGUGGCAGACCUCCCCCACCAAAGUGCAAGGCUGCUUCUUUUUGAAUAAAAUCAACAAAAGAGGAGCUCAAGUGUCUUUCCACAAGAUUUUGCUUUUCAAGCUGACUGUUGAGGCUCAGAUGUCUGCUGAUCUCCCUGACUACAUCUCCCAUCAGCCCGUCGUCAGCCGCCACCUCACAUCUGGCGGGCCUUGAUUGCCCUUGAAUCCUUUUCUAUUUUGGAAUGUGCGUGCGCCGCUGAUGUGUCCACACAUCUUUCAAGUGUGGUGUUCCAAGUGCACACGUGUUAGUUGUUAAUUAAAUGACUUGUACAUAAUAGCAUCUUUUCUGUUCCGUUUGAAUGUAUUUCCAUGGUGAUUGUGCUCCGGUUUGUUCACCUAAUUAAUUGAUUAAUUGACUUUCAAAUAGAACCGAUGCACUUUACCCCGGAGUAAUACAGCAUUUGAAUUUGAUCACCCGAAAGAAUGAACGUUUCAGUUUUUGAGUGCGGGUUGAACACGUGUGUUGCAAUGCAGAACAAAAUGAAACCUCUGG